UAUCGUUUAUGUAAUGUGCGUGUUUAAUUCAAUAUAAAUAAACGUCUGAAGAUUUUAAAAUAAUAAACCACCUGAGUGUGCUAUGAUAAAAAACAGGAAAUACAUAAAGCAGAAAGAUAUCAUAAAAGAAGUUUAUUCAAACUCACGGAAUACGUCUCAAUAUCAUGGAAUUAUUCAAUAAAAUACUUAUGAGGAAUUUACCGUACAGAUUGGCUUGCAUUUACAUUAUUAUGUAUACCGGAUCUGUCCUAGCACCGAAUCCUGAGAAUGUCUACCCACUAAUGCGAACAGUAAAGAUGUGGUCUGAUAGCCUGAGUAAUCAGUUGACCUCAUUUAGUGAAAGGGUGACGUCAUACAGGUCAAUUUCAGAUAGCUACAUGCAAUCAGCAGACGGUAAGGAUCAGAAAGAUUUGAUAAAGAUGAUAGCAAAUGACAUCAAAGACUUGCUCAAGGAGAAACUUGAUGCCGUUGAGGCACUCGCAAAGGAGGCCGAACGAAUUUAUCAAAACUACACCUACGAUCCGGAUUUAGAUAUUGAUUACCUUAAUAGCAAAAAACUAUUUAGCUCAGAAGAUGUAGGAUAUAUUACACAAAAUUCUAAUACAUAUAUGGCUGAAUUGAUGCAAACAGCAAGGUCAUUGGAACUAACUCCUGAUAAGAAAUUCAACAACGAGCCUGUUAGUCACGACAACAGCACCGUUCACGUGCCUACUAAUGUUUAUGAUAGAUUUCCAAAAAUUUUAAAUGGUGCAUAUUGGACACAGAAGUUAAAUGAACAAUUUAGAGAAAAUGAGAGAAAAGAUAAAUCGUUAAGAUGGCAAUAUUUCUGUAGUACUGAUGGAUUCUUCCGAGUUUUUCCAGGACUCAAGUGGCCUAGAGACAAUGAAAAUGGAAUAGAUAUAUACGACUGUAGGGUGCGAGCCUGGUACUUGCAUGCCGCAACACGUCCAAAAAAUAUUUUGAUUUUACUAGACAGUAGUGGUAGCAUGAAGGGUUCAAGAAUGGUUAUAGCUCGUAGCACUGUAAAAGCGAUUCUCAAUACAUUAGAUGACGACGACUAUUUCAAUAUCAUCAGGUUUUCGGAUACGAUCGAAUAUCUGGAUAGCUGUUUUACUGAGACGAUGAUGCCUGCAACAACGCAGAAUAAACGGCGCCUCCAAGAAACUGUCGAUAGAGUUAGGGCAAAUAAUACUGCUAAUUUUAAAGUGGCCUUUGACAAGGCGUAUGAUCUAUUGAACAAUCAGGAGAGGAUGAAAAGAGGAGGUGGCGGGAAAUUGUGUAACAUGGCGAUACUGCUGAUAACAGACGGUGUACCAGAGCACUACGAUAGAGUGUUUAAUCACUGGACACACAAUUUUACUGCUAUCACGACGAGAGUGUUCACAUUUCUAAUUGGACGGGAGGUUGACGAUGACCGAGAGGUUCGAUGGAUGGCUUGUGCUAAUAAAGGUUACUAUUCCCACAUAUCAACAUUGGCAGAUGUUCAAGAAAAUGUGCAGAAUUAUAUUAAAGUAAUGAGUAGACAAAUGGUGAUAGAUAGGAACAGAAAUAAAAUAUGGACACCAAUUUAUCUUGAUCAUAUGUCAUACCUAGAUAUCAUGGAUCUAGACAAGGGACUGCAGUUCAUGACAUCAGUUGCUAUUCCAGUGUUUGAUAAGAAAAAUGAAACAUUUUUUGAAGGCAAUUUACUCGGGGUAAUGGGAACAGAUGUGCCUAUAGAACUUAUAAAACAGAGGAUUCCUGUGCAUAAGCUUGGUGCUAAUGGUUAUGCCUUUAUGAUAAACCAUAAUGGAUAUGUCUUGAUGCAUCCAGACUAUAGACCAUAUAAGAAAAUUCCAAAAACGAAAGGACUUGUUUUACAUCCAUACUAUGAAAAUGUCAAUUUGACGGAUAUUGCUUUACCUGUAAACAGAGAUGAAUUUGAAGAGAUAAUUAAAGAUCUUCAGAACCCUAACGAAUGUGGCAGCAAGGAAAUUCAACUUUUGAGUCACUAUCAAAACAUGAAACGUAUGGCCAAUAGGAGCUACCAGUUCCAUCAUUGCAAAGUACAUGGAACAGAUUUUAGCAUAGGUAUCGCUUUGCCUCCAGCAAGUAGACGCGAGCUUUACAAACAUUCUAAAAGUGUGCCAGAUUUGAUUGACAAAUGUUUGAAUAAUGCCACGGAUUUAGAGCUAGCUCCAUGGUUUUAUUGUGACGAUCUUGACCCAACAUUAACUGGUAUUGAUAGACAAAACGAGCUAAAGAGGCUAUAUAAACUGUACAAACUAAAUAGAGGAAAAUACAAGUGUGACGAAGACUUGAUAACAAAUUUAUUGCAUGACACCAAUCGCCUAGAACAUAUUUGGGGAGGACGGAGUCCAAACAGUUCGACUGAAUGUCAAAUGAAUGAACUGCAAGCUAUAAGCAAUUACGUGUCAAGCAAGGAUAUUGAGCUUCGUUUUAUUGGUACAAGCACUGGCCUGACAAAAUAUGUUUCAUCUAAUGAAACCGUUCCUGGUUUCAUAUUAAACAACACCAACACAUUAGAUGCUCUGUACUACAAGAGAGCUAUAGAAGGAGUAGAGAGCAACCCAGAAUACAGGUUCACAUUUUCAGUUCCAUUGGGAAAAGUUUUCAAUCCGAAUACAACGCUGGUUACUGUCAGUGCACCCAUUAGCAAAAGACGACGUGUGCCCACAAUAUUUGCAGUAGUCGGGUAUCAAAUGAAAUACAAAAUGUUGGAAAGUUAUUUUAAUUUGAGUACAAGCAGUGCACGAUACAGAAAUCAAAGUUGUGAUGGCGAGUCCGUUUUAUGUUACCUUAUCGACAACCAUGGUUAUGUUAUGUCAAAGCUUGUUGAUUCUGAAUUAGCUGUUGGUAAAUUUUUCGGGGACGUCGAAAAUGCUGUAAUGAAGGCAUUACUUGAUGACGGUGUAUAUACAGGGUAUAACUUCACCGACUACCAGGCACUUUGUGAUAUAAAAGCCUCCGAGACAGAGUCUAAUAGUGCUAUCAAAUUGCUCAAUCCAAUUAAAUCCAUAUUAAAUGGUUUGCUUUGGACAAUCACAGAAAUAUGUAUGUUCCUGUCAGAAUUCAGUGUCAGAUCAGCAUUGACAUCUUUGACGUAUGUUGAAUCAGCUCAAAAUGAACAGGAAGAAUGUGAUAAGGUCUUAGAAGAUUAUGAUUAUGAAGACCUUAAACCUCAGGAGCGUAUGUCAUAUAACCAGGUAAAAUUGACAUGUUCAUCAGAUAGUGCCGACAAGAAAAUUGUGGGGCAUCGCCCAUGUCAUAGACAAUUUACAUUGUACAAAGCAAAUUUUGACAGGAAAGCCGCUGAAGGCACCGUUAAAGGUUGUGCGACAGAUUAUUCAAGGUGUAGAAUGACGGAUUACACGUGCACUGGUAUUUUAACAGAGUGCAAUAUUUUCUACACUGUCUCGUUGGUAAAUGAUACUAACUUACUGCUGGUAGUCGUGUCAAAGGGAAAAGGAGGUUGUGACUAUUGUGAGGAUGCUCAACAAUACGAUUUUGGCCUGGCCCAUACAGAAAUUAAUGAGUCUGCAGAAGAACAAUGCGAGAAUAGAAAACGGAGUGAGUAUGCCGUGUUGAAGCCACCCAAGUGCUCUGAUUUUUACAGAAAUGAGACACUUCCAUGUGGAACAGCUCAUGCAAGAUUAUCAUUAUCUUUACUUCUUUUGACAGUUACAUUAUCAUUAGUCGGAGGCAUAAAAUUACUUUCCAAUCAUUAAUGAUAACAACCACGUAGAUACCAAG